GAAUGACCCUGAUACUCUUACUAUUUCCACACACAACUGUUUGACUCUAUAGUUUAAAGUUGUGGAUAAGUAACCACUCAUUGCAUUGUCUUGUAUCACCCAUGAGAGCAUUUCGAUUCUGGUUCUAUCAGUUUUUUUUUAAUGUAUCUUGGACAUAUUUUCUUGCUGCUGUCACUUCUGGUUCACUCAUUAUGGACAAACCCAUGUUGCUUUUUGACAAAGGCCAUUAAGAAAACUAUAUACAUAUAUUGAAUUGGGGUUCUGAUUAAAACAGACAAAAAGUCAGGGUGGUAAAUACCGAGGAUAAUAAGCUUUAGUUUGUUAAUAGAGAAGAAAUUACAUAACUUUUUAUAUUGAUCCAAUUUUAAUAUUUAACACAGUGCUAAAUUCUAUUAGUAAAGUCACAUACAUAAUAAUGCAAUAGUUAACUCUAUCCAGCAUUGCUCAAGAAUCACAAACUCAAGCUUUUGUCAUGUUUUUCAUCAAUCCCAUGACUUGAACAUCAUAGAAAACAUGUAGCUAAAUCUUAAAUAUACUGUGCCUAUGACACUAAACACAUUUAUGAAUCCCUAAGCAUCUGAAAUAAAGGUCUAAAUUCAGUGUACAUUGACAUUAGACCUGCGUUUGCCUCUUGCACAGCAAAAAUAGUAGAUAAAUAAAGGUCUUACAGAAUCAUCCCUCAGUCCAUAGAUGAGUGGGCUUAAGCAGCGUGGCAAGAUCAGCACAAACAAAUAGUUUAGAUAACGCAGAUCUACAUAGAGGCUGGUGCUGGUGCUGCUCGUUGCUGUAACUCGAUCUAUAAUGCUAAAAAGAAAAGAAGUAAGGCACAGGCCCAGCUGAAUGAUGUGCAGCAGCACGGUCUUGUGAGCUUUUACAGCACAGGCUUUAUUGGAGGUGAUGGACAUGGCUGUGAUCAAAAUUCUAAUAUAAGUGAAAAGGGUGAUCACAAACACUGACACAAAGUAGAACAUAUUAACCCCCUGAUAAGCAUCUACUUGCCAUUGCUUUAUGAAGAGCCUUUCUCUUGUGAAAAAUAUUUGUGAUGAAAAAAAUUUAGGAUCAGUCAAUACUACAUAAAGUAAGCCAAUUAGAAAGUAAAACAAAAUAAAAACUAAAACAAUACAAGCAGCCAUGACUAACUUGAGAGAGGCCAGAAUUAAAACAUACAACAAGAGGAAAAAAUGAGAUGUAUUGUGUCAUUGAAAAGCAUGUGAUUUAACAGAAUGUAGCGUGGUGUCACUUUAAAAACAGGCUUACUCCAAAGAGUGUAGACCAUGGUGUGAUAUAUUUAUAGAUAUCUUUAUUUGACAUUGCAGAUGAGACCAAAAUGUAACUUUUUGGCCAAAAUUCGAAACGUUGUGUGUGGCAGAAACCUAACACUGCACAUCACCCUGAACACACCAUCCCCACUGUAAAACAUGGUGGUGGCAGCAUCAUGUUGUGGGGAUGCUUUUCUUCAGCAGGGACAGGGAAGCUGGUCAGAGUUGAUGGGAAGAUGGAUGGAGCCAAAUACAGGGCAAUCUUAGAUGAAAACCUGUUAGUCUGCAAAAGACUAGAGACUGGGUUGGAGGUUCAGCUUCCAGCAAGACAAUGACCCUAAACAUACAGCCAGAGUUACAAUGGUGUAGUUUAGAUCAAAGCAUAUUUAUGUGUUAGAAUGACCCAGUCAAAGUCCAGACCUAAAUCCAAUGCAGAAUCUGUGGCGCGACUUGAAAAUUGCUGUUCACAGACGCUCACCAUCCAAUCUGACUGAGCUUGAGCUAUUUUUCAAAGAAGAAUGGGCAAAAAUUUCACUCUAGAUGUGCAAAGUUGGUAGAGACAUACCCCAAAAGUCUUGCCGCUGUAAUUGCAGCAAAAGCUGAUUCUACAAAGUAUGGACUCAGUGGGGCUGAAUACAAAUUCAUGCCACACUUUUCAGAUAUUUAUUUGUAAAAGAAAUUUGGACACCAUUUAUCAUUUCCCUUCCAUUUCACAAUUCUAUGCCACUUUGUGUUGGUCUAUCACAUAAAAUCCUAAUAAAAUACAUUUUUGUUUGUGGUUGUAACAUGUCAAAAGUUCAGUGGGUAUGAAUAUAUUCCCUGAACUCCCUGAGCUGAAUUCAUUUUGCAAGGCUCUAUAGAUGUUUUAUAUAUUUUAUUUUGUGUCAAUAUCUAUCAUCCUUCUCCAUAAAUAUCAUACUUUUCUCUUAUAUAAGAAUUUUUAUCACAGCCAGGUCCAUUUCCUUCAUUAAAGACUCAACAAAGGUCCACAACCCUGUGCCACUGCACUUUCACAUUCAGCAGGGCCUGUCUCUCAUCUAUUUUCUUUUUAGCAUUAUUGAGUGUGCUGCAGUAAUCGUUGGCAAAAGCAAACUUGAUGCAGAUCUUCGUUUUCAUUUAAAAAAUAGUGUUUUAUUCAUGCAUGCAGUGCACUAUAUUAAUCUGGUGUCAAUUCUAGAUAUUUCUAUCAUAGUAUCAAAAUGUUGAUUAGCGGUUAUCAGCCAUGUCAGUAUUGCUUCCUUAUUAUGUUUGCACAGGCUGAAUGAAUUGUUUGCUUGACUCAUAGAUCAAGACAUCUCAUACUGAAUGUAAAAAAAGAAAAUUUUUUUAAAAAUCACAAAGAUAUUGAUAUUACAGAUAUUGACUGCUAUACUGUGUUGUGUGUAAAAGCGGUUUGACAUCACAGUAAUAAACUGCUUUGUACAUAAUGUAAGUUGUCUACAUGCAUUACAUAAAUAAUCACAAAAGGAAACCGAAUGACAUCACAGGAAUGUUUAAACUCAUGAGGUCUAUUAUUUACGCUCAGACACGUGCCAUCAUCUCUCUCUGGUGCUUAUUAUAAAUGUCAUCUCAGGGUCAGUUUUAUUCUUUGUAGCUGGAGUCCCAUAUCAAUGUGGGGUUUUAUACCAGACAAAACAGAUUAGUGCAAGCAUGCAAUUUAUCUUCUCUUUGUUAUUGAAUCUCUAAUCUGAUCUGUGAAGAAGUGGUUGUGCUUUUUUAGAGAUCAUCCUUUAUUGUAUUAAGUGAUAUCUGUAAAUAUUUUUUGUUCACUUUUUGUAGCAUAAUAUGUCAGUUUCUAAUGAUAGCAUAGUUAUAUACAUCAUUAUACAUCAGCAAAUGUUCCAGCCUGUUCUGUCUGAAGGAUUAGUAUCAAAAGUCUCUUUUGCAAUUUUAAUGUCUCUGUUCUUUAUCUAUUUGAAUGCUAUCAUGGUCUACACUCUUUGGAGUAAGUCUGUUUUUAAAGAGACACCACGCUACAUUCUGUUUAACCACAUGCUUUUUAAUGACUUGAUUCAGCUCUUUGUUACGUCUUUGUUGUAUAUUUUAAGUCUCGCCUAUCUUAAGUUAGUCGUGGCUGCUUGUGCUUUUGUAAUUUUUGUUACUAGCACAACUUUCCUUAAUGCACCUUUAAACCUGGCUGUGAUGUCAGUAGAGAGUUAUGUGGCUAUAACAUUUCCUCUAAGACAUGCUGAAAUAGCCUCUCAGAAAAAAACUUAUAUUGCUAUUGGAAUUAUUUGGUGUACGAGUAUGAUACAAUUUAUAAUUGACUUGUUUUAUGUAUUGUUGACUGAUCCUACAUUUUUUUCAUCACAAAUAUUUUGCACAAGAGAAGGGCUCUUCAUAAAGCAAUGGCAACUAGAUGCUUAUCAGGGGGUUAAUAUGUUCUACUUUGUGUCAGUGUCUGUAAUCAUCCUUUUCACUUAUAUUAGAAUUUUGAUCACAGCCAGAUCCAUCACCUCCAAUAAAGAGUCUGCUGCAAAAGCUCACAAGACCGUGCUGCUGCACAUCAUUCAGCUGGGCCUGUGCCUCACCUCUUUUCUCUACAGCAUUAUAGAGCGAGCUGCAGCAACGAGCAGCACCAGCACCAGCCUCUUUAUGGACCUGCGUUAUCUAAACUAUUUGUUUGUGCUGAUCUUGCCACGAUGCUUAAGCCCACUCAUCUAUGGACUUAGAGACGAUUGUGUAAGACCCUUAUUCAUCUACUACUUUCGCUGUGCCACAGGCAAAAGCAGGUCUACUGUCUAUGUACAAUGAAUUAAAG